AUGAGGAGUCAGGUGGCUGUGGCGCGGUUGCCAGGGAGGGAAACGUCGUGCAGCAGUUCGCGGGCUGACAGCGACAUGGAGGUGGAGAUGAUCGAGUCCGAGCCGCGGCCGGGGGAGAAGAGCCAGGAGGCGGCCACGGAGAACACGGAGGCCGGGGAGGGCUCGUCGAGAAGCUCCGGAGCCUACGAGCUGCCCUGGGUGGAGAAGUACCGCCCGCUGCGCCUGAGCGAGAUCGUGGGCAACGUGGAGACGGUGAGCCGCCUGGAGGUGUUCGCCCGGGAGGGGAACGUCCCCAACAUCAUCAUCGCAGGCCCCCCCGGCACCGGAAAGACCACCAGCAUCUUGUGUCUGGCCCGAGCGCUGCUGGGAGCGUCGAUGAAGGACGCGGUGCUGGAGCUCAACGCCUCCAAUGAGCGUGGAAUCGACGUGGUGAGGAAUAAAAUCAAGAUGUUCGCUCAGCAGAAGGUCACACUGCCCAAAGGUCGACACAAGGUCAUCAUCCUGGACGAGGCCGACAGCAUGACUGACGGGGCUCAGCAGGCCCUCAGGAGGAUCAUGGAGAUCUAUUCCAAGACCACUCGCUUCGCUCUGGCCUGUAACGCCUCAGAUAAGAUCAUCGAGCCGAUCCAGUCCCGCUGUGCGGUGCUGCGUUACUCCAAGCUGACGGACGGGCAGAUCCUCGCCCGCCUGCAGGAGGUGGUGGAGAAGGAGCGUCUGUCGGUGUCUGACGACGGGCUGGAGGCCGUCAUCUUCACCGCCCAGGGAGACAUGAGACAGGCGUUGAACAACCUGCAGUCGACCAACUCCGGCUUUGGCUACAUAAACAGCGAGAACGUGUUCAAGGUGUGUGAUGAGCCCCACCCUCUGCUGGUGAAGAGCAUGCUGGGACACUGUGUGGAGGGGCAGAUCGACGAGGCCUACAAGGUGGUGGAGCAGCUGUGGGCGCUGGGCUACUCCCCAGAGGACAUCAUCGGAAACAUCUUCAGGGUCUGCAAGACCUUCCAAAUGGCCGAGUACCUGAAACUGGAGUUUAUCAAGGAGAUCGGCUACACUCACAUGCGAGUGGCUGAAGGAGUGAACUCUCUGCUGCAGAUGGCCGGACUCCUCGGGCGACUGUGCAGCAAGACGAUGACACCCCCCGCCAGCUGAGCCCCCCCCCCCCCCCCCACACACACACACACUCCCUCAGUGAUGGACUCUUCCUGUGCGCCCUCUCGUCUCCGUUCCUCCUCAGACUCUUUCAGCUUCACACUGUUGAUCUUCAUCUCAUCACUACUUUCUCUGUGGAGGCAGAACCAUGUAAAAUAACAAUAAAUCCUUUUUUCCUUAGAGCCGACAUGUUUGUUUUGUUUGGAGAUGUUAAGUAUUAAAGGUUCAAUAAAUCUGCAUGUUUUAUUUUAUAUGAAAGAAAUUGGUUUGACAAAAUAAACUUUGACGCAUUUAAGACUUUAAAUAAAUAAAAAUGUAGACAACAGAUCUGAAAA